UUCCAUUUAAAGGGUUACGUUACGCAGACUCGCCUGUACAAGUCAAUCCGUGUUCUUCUCCCCUUCCUUUCCCUUCCUGCAAAUCUAAUCGUCUCUUCAAUUCUCUCUCUCUCUGUCUCUGCGUCACCGUCCAUGGAGUCCGAUCUCGAAACCAAGGCGAAGGAAGCCUUCAUCGACGACCACUUCGAGCUGGCCGAGCAGCUCUACUCCCAGGCCAUCGCUCUCAACCCUACCCGGGCCGAGCUUUUCGCCGACCGCGCCCAGGCCAACCUCAAACUCAACAACUUCACUGAGGCUGUUGCUGAUGCAAACAAAGCAAUUGAAAUGAACCCUUUGUUGGCAAGAGCGUACUUGCGUAAAGGCUCUGCAUGCUUCAACCUUGAAGAAUAUCAGACUGCAAAAGCAGCAUUGGAAACCGGUGCAUCUUUGGCCCCUGAAGAUUCAAGAUUCACCAAUUUACUCAAAGAAUGUGAUCAGUUGAUUGCAAAGGAAACUGUUGAUAUACCAAAGCACUCAUCGGAGAAAACCACCUCAACAAAUGUAUCUUCAGAAAGUUUUCAGCCUGUGGAUGACCUUUCCAAUCAGGUGACACAAACACCAGCCAAACCAAAAUACAGGCAUGAAUUCUACCAGAAGCCAGAGGAAGUGGUGGUGACUAUCUUUGCCAAGGGCAUACCUGCUAAAAAUGUUUCUGUUGACUUUGGUGAACAAAUACUUAGUGUUAGCAUUGAUGUUCCUGGUGAAGAUGUGUAUCAUUUUCAACCUCGCUUAUUUGGAAAGAUAAUACCUUCCAACUGUAGGUAUGUUGUUUUGUCUACCAAAGUUGAAGUUCGCCUCGCCAAAGCUGAACCAAUAAAUUGGACAGCUCUUGAAUUCAGCAAUACAAAUAUAGUUCCACAAAGGGUAAAUGCCUCAGUUAUUGGAUCUCAAAGACCAACUUACCCAUCCUCAAAACCAAAAAAGGAUUGGGAUAAGAUCGAAGCAGACGUGAAGAAGGAGGAGAAAGAUGAAAAGCUUGAUGGUGAUGCAGCUUUAAACAAAUUUUUCCAAAACAUAUACGCAGAUGCUGAUGAGGACACCAAAAGAGCCAUGAAAAAAUCAUUUGUUGAGUCAAAUGGGACGGUGCUCUCCACGAACUGGAAGGAAGUGGGUUCAAAGAAGGUGGAGGGAAGCCCUCCUGAUGGUAUGGAGAUGAGGAGAUGGGAGUACUAAGACUGGUUGUCAAAUCAGAUAUAUUGUAAUUUGGUGGGGGUGUGCGAUCAUGCUGCUUGAACCUUUUUUAAGUUCUCUUUUUUCAAGCUUUAGUUGAUGUGAUUGUGUCGGCGUCACAUGAAUCCCAAGUAACUGCUGGAACAGGAGGAAGGAAACUCAUCAUUCUCGUUUUAUUUUUCCCUUUUGGUGUGCGUGCCGUGUUUAUGUAAGAGAUUAUCUUCAUGUAAUUUGAGUAUCGGAACCCUUUUGCCCGUCUA